AUGUACAAAACAUUUCACAAGUCUGAACAUGAUUGGUCGUUCUCUUUCUCUUUGAGAUACGUCCUUGGAUGUACUCCAACUGGAGACAUUUUGCCAUGGCUUCGCUCCUGGUUUAGAUCUGUAUGUUUGAAAGGAGAUGAGACCCAAAGGGCUCCAACUGGAUUACAGAAGCUGGAGCAUUGCGAAGGUGAGUCAGCUGCAGAGUUGGCUUCACGGGGAACCCAGUCCCAACUGAAAUCAUCAAACAAGGUUCAUAUCUAUUGUAAGCUUAACUCUGGCAAGGGCAAGGACUGCCUCAAUGAGCUACAGACGGCUAGGGUUGCGAGAUUGGGAAGAUGACAAAGGUUGACCUUUACAACAUUCAGGGGAGGAGCAACCCAAACUGGAACAGAAAGAGUCCAUAUAUUCCAACAAAAGAAGCUGAUGAUGGUAAACAUUCUUGUCUUUUCUCACUUGUUGCUGAUUUUUGUGUUUGCAAUAGAUAAAAUCCAUUGAUCAUAUGUAGUAACCAGACCAUAUCAACCCAUGAGCAAAGCAGUAGAAUAUGCUCAAUUGUUUCAUUUGUAGCACCACAAAUAAGACAAGUAGGAAUGGUGCUCAAUUUCCUUCUUAACAGGUUGUACAUAGAAAUAAUGGCAUUAUUCAAAGCUCUCCAUAGAAAAAAUGGUCUUUGCAAGG